AUGUCGUCGCUGCUGCCAACCGUCUCGAGCUCCUUCGAGCAGCUCACAUCACUACAUAUCGCCAUUGGCUCGGUCAUCGUUCUAGCGCUGCUCUGCUUCAUCGCGCCUGACCGCUACAUCUUUGCCUCGCACCGUAAGGGCAUCAACGAAGUGCCCGGCGCUCUCCCGCUCGUCGGUAACCUCCCCUUCCUCCUCGACAUCGCCGCCAAACGCCGUCGCUUCCUCGAUGAGUUUCUCAUCAUGCAAAAGUCCAUUGGCGCUGGGGGUCAACCCUGGGCUGCCACGUUCCCCUACCUCGGCGGCCGCAUCACCUCGAUCAACCGUCCCGAGUACAUCCGCUGGGUGCAGAAGACCAACUUUGAGAACUACGAAAAGGGCAUCAACUUCCAGAGGAACAUGGGCGACGUCAUGAGCCUGCACGGCAUCUUUGUCGCCGACGGCGAGGUCUGGAAGAAGCAACGUAAGAUGGCCUCGCACAUCUUCAGUGUGGGCAACUUCAGGACGCACGUGCAGAGCACCAUCCAGCGCGAUCUCUCCAAGCUUAACCAGCUCUUCCGAGACGGCAGCGCCAAGAAUACCGAGAUCGACAUGGCGGAUCUGUUCUUCCGCUUCACGCUCAGCUCGUUCUCGCUCAUGGCGUUCAGCGCGGACAUCGAGUGCCUGCCAACCGACGUCCAGGGGCUGGAACGGGUCGUUGAGUUCGCCGCCAACUUCGACUAUGCGCAAAGAGUCAUGGACGAACGCUUCGUCGAUCCGCUAGCGCGAUACACCGAGUUCUUCUCAUCCCAGGGAAGGAAGAUGCGAAGGACCAUCAAGGAGCUGCACAACUUUUGCUACGAGAUCAUCGACCUUCGCCUGGCCGCACGUGCUCGUGGUGAGGCCCAGGCCGCCUCUGGCAAGGGCGACAAGGAUCUCCUGGCCCUCUUCAUGGAGCAGAAGCUGAGUCGAGACGAGCUGCUUCCUGUUGUUCUCAACUUCCUCAUCGCUGGUCGAGACACCACCGCCCAAGCGCUCAGCUGGCUCUUCUUCGAGCUCUCCAAGAACCCCGACUGCAUCGAAAAGGCGCGCGAGGAGAUUCACGAGAAGCUCGGUGCCGGCUCCUCGUUCCGCAGCAUGGCGUACGACGAUCUCAACUCGCUCACCUACGUCCAGGCGUGUUUCCUCGAGACGUUGCGGCUGCAUCCGUCGGUGCCCAAGAACCUCAAGGUGGCCGUCAAGGACGAUGUCAUCCGACCCUAUGCCCAGCCAUCGUCGGACGCCGACGUCGCGCCCAAUGCCGUGCCUAGCCCGCAGAAGCUGCCCGAUCUGAUCAUCAAAAAGGGCGAGACCGUCACAUGGCAGGACCACACAAUGGGCCGCAUGCCCGAACUCUGGGGUGAGGAUUGCGAGCACUUCAAACCCGAACGCUUCCUUGAACAGCGCGACGACGGAUCGACGGGCAUCAAGACCUACUCGCAGUAUCUGUUUCAUGCCUUCAACGCCGGUCCGAGGUUGUGCCUCGGUCAGACGCUCGCGACGUACGAGGGCUGCGCCGUGGUCGCCGAGAUCCUGGGCAAUUUUGACGUACAGUACGACAUGCAGGCGUUGAGGGACGACGUGCCGACAUACGACGACUCGCUCACACUGCCUAUCAAGAACCCGUACAAGAUCCGGGUCAGGGCGAGAGACGAUUGA